AUGUCUCCCUAUCUGGCCAAUUCUCGCGCUCCUACCAAGGCCCACUUUGAAUGUAUGGCCCGCAGGUUCAUCAAAGAUGUAGGCGGUUGUUUGCCUACCCUUUCCACAAACGUACAGCUCAAGGAAUCGGUAGUUCAAAAGGCUCAGGAAAUUGCAUAUGCGCAGGAGCUUGACUUGGAGAAGGUCUCCAAGAUAGCCAAGCAGUCGGUCGACGUCGCACUGUCGGUCUUCAGCCACCAUGACCCGGAGUUGCAGCAACUGAUUGCUCUGUACACGACUUACUUCUAUAUUGCCGACGACUUUGGAGAGAGCUUCCUAGACGGGCUGAGAGAGUUUGGGCGCAACCUACUUCUUGCGCAGCCCCAGAAGCCUCUCGUUCUUAACGAAUGGAUCAAGCUCCUAACCCGACUCAACGAGUUUUAUGGAAGGCAUAGCGCCGACACUAUUCUCAGCGGUACCCUCGACUUCAUUACAGAAAGUGUUUUCGAGGUCGAAUCCGCCGGUCAACUUCAUAUCCACCAGUCUGCGAAGAAGUUCCCCAACCACCUACGCAUCAAGACAGGGGUGGCUGCACCAUACACGAGCUUUCUCUUCCCUGAAGCAAUAUUCCCGGAAAGUCGCUAUCUAGGUCAAUAUGUCCAAGCCGUUCCCGAUCUCUUGGAGUUUACGUCUUUUGUCAACGACAUCCUGUCCUUCUACAAGGAGUCCAUUGCCUCCGACGAACGGGACAACUAUGUCUACAUAUAUGCUGCUGCACAUGGCCUCAGCGUGGAGGAGGCCUUGGAGCAGCUAGUUGACAAAACAGUUGAGUGUGUGAGAAAUGUGAGGUCCAUCCUCAGCUCGGAACCUGAGUUGCUGGAAUAUGCAGAGAGCUACAUCCAGGGCUGUAUUGCACUCCAUUUCUAUCUGCCUCGAUACAAGCUGUCCGAGUUGGGGUUGCUGGAGAAGAGGGAGGAUUCGUUAUAG